AUGCCAAGCAAUAGAAAAAUAUCUCAAAAAGUGGAGGCUUUUGAUAGUAAUGUAUCAAAAAGAGGAAAAGUUCCUCCUUCUUUAGUAAAGAAAGGAAGAAAGCACCCAGUAGGCCCAACACUUUUAGUUGUCUUUAUCUUUGUUGUUAUUGGAUCAGUUAUCGUUCAAAUGUUAAGUAUAAUACAGAAAUCUAAAAUUUUUGAAUGA